UAUUUCUGAAAAUGGCCCCCAAUUUAAAAAAGAUUGCGCAUCACUGCUGUAAAAGAAUAAUUUCGAUGAUGUAUAAAAUAACGUUUCAAAAGUAAAAGUACAAUUGCUUUUUGUAGCAUUAAUUAAAUCAGUUAAAUGCAUUUUUAUUACAAUGAAUUUUAAUUAGUGAUCGCUUGAGGCGAGAUUUUCUCGAGUAUCUCAAUAUCGCGUUCUAAUUUCUCGAGUGCUAAUAUUUUUACGCGUUUGAUCCGCCUAUUAUCGGGUUAGAGAUUUCGAUGGAGCGCCACGGGGUCCGUCGGUCUUUUUCAGCCGAGUUUCUCGUUCCACUUCGGCGCUCAUUCUCCAUCUUCCGCCAAAUCUCGAAUGUGUACGUGUCAGUUUUAAUUGAAGCGCGGAAAGUGCAAUUAAAUGCGACUGCAACGUGACGGCGUGACGACGGCGGCGGCGGGUCUCAUAUCGCGCGCUGGAACUGCAAACUCCGCGCCGUGAUUUCGCCCGGAUGAUCCCACCCGGUUUUGCGCGGUGCUUCGAGGACAAAGAAUAGAGAAACGGAAAGCGGAUACCUAGGCCGCGACAAGCAGAAUUCCAACUGGUGUAAGGUGUGUCAUAUUCCAGUUAAUGUCUCAUAGCUUGUGUCCCGCGUGCGUACACACGUUCGUACACACACGCCUACACACUUAUCCACGGGCGCACUACACUUGUGCUCAUACAAUACCAACAAACACAUACACACACACACAAGGGUAAGAUGUUGCAGCCGACCUCUACCUGUAGUCUUGCCAACUAAGCGAACCGACCAGGCAAAACCGGUGUCGGCACGCUCUCGAGCCCAACCCUCCUCUCUUCGCCCUUCUCUCCGUUCUCUUUCUACCCUCUCUCUUCCGUCUCCCCCUUUUUCCACUCUCUUUCUCUUUCCAUCUCUCGCGCCGCUCUUGUGUAUUAAACACCGCCAUCUCUCCUCCGUCACCGCUCCGUCCUUCUACCGUCCCUGCAGUCCUCGGCCGAUUCUACCUCGGCCAGUCGACCUGGCGAUAGAGAAACUGAACGCGUUCGUCGCCAGGACUAUCUCUCUUUCUUUUUCGCGUCCGUAGCAAAGGGACCCUCGUGUCCAUCGGUAUCGCUUUCCGUUUUCGAAAUCUCGAUCUCAGUUCUUGAACGACAGCGAGGUAAAGAACGAUCGUCUUGGGGAGGGUUCGCGAAGAAGCGGCGAGCUACCGCUUGGUGGAUCGGGUGGAUACGCACGCGAAGGCCGUGUGCACACGCGCGUGCGGCACGAGACGUGCAUCUGCGCUGCAUCCUCCCGUGGAACGUGGUGAAACGUGUGUAGGAGAACGAUAGAAAGGCAACACGCGUAAACCGAUCUCUGCAGAUUCCGAAGCAACUUCUUCAAGAUUACAUUGGUGAAAGAGAGGGGGCGUCAGGAGACCCUGCUAUCCACGUCGAGCGUUCAAGCGUGUUCUCCGAUUCCCAACGGAAAACUCCGACGACGAAAGGACCGUAACGUUGAUGAUCGAACGAUCGUCGCGCUAUUCCGUUUUUCCGUUUAACGGCACGAAGGACGGCGACGCUUCGGAUCGCCUCUGCGCCGAGGCACCGUGCCAGCUGUCGAUCGGCGAUCGUUCGUGCAACGAUGCGAUCGUGUUGGAGCUGCCUGCGACGUGAAACCGAUCCGUCGAUCCCACGUGGUUCCACGUGAAAGCGCGGCCGGAGGGAGGAGAUGCUCGAGGAAUCGCGGACGAUCGGCGGAAGUGCGCGAGGGAGCGGCCCGUGAGAAAAGAAUCGUCAAGAGAAUAGUGGUGGAUCACGCGCACGGGAGGAUAAGGAGCGUCUUCUUCGUGGCAAGAGGAUGGACAGGGGCGAUAACAACGUCGUCGGAGUUGGCAGCGGCGGUGGCGGCGGCGGCGGCAGUGGCGGUGGCGGUGGCGGCGGCGGCGGCGGCAGCGGCAGCGGCGGUGGUGGUGGCGGUGGCGGUGGCGGUGGCGGUGGGGGCGGAAGUGGUGGAAAUGGUGGCAGUGGCGGCGGCAGCGGCGGUGGCGGCAUCGGCGGCAUUGGCAUCAGCGUGGGCUGUCACGUGGGAAAUUCCGGAUCCCCGCCGAACUCCACCUCGUCGACCCACGGCACGAUGCAUAACUCCUCCGGCGGGUUCGACGGCCAGACUGGUGACAGAGGAUGGGAGAUUCACCAUGUUACGGUGACCAGAGUCCCCGGCUACGGCUUUGGAAUAGCUGUGUCAGGAGGUCGCGAUAAUCCUCAUUUUACUAAUGGCGAUCCAGCGAUCGCGAUCUCUGAUGUGCUCAAAGCCGGCCCGGCUGAAGGAAAAUUACAAGUUAACGACCGUAUCAUCUCCGCAAAUGGAAUAUCGUUGGAAGGCGCCGAUUACGGGGCAGCCGUGCGGGUCCUGCGAGAUUCCGGUUCUACCGUUUUAUUAGUUGUUAAACGAAGAGCUUCCUCGAAUUCACCCGGUUGUUUAGGCAACGGAGUGCCCCAGAGUCAUCGGCUCACACUCACGCGAAACAAUAAAAAGGAUGAUUUCGGAAUUGUGCUGGGAUGCCGAUUGUACGUAAAGGAGGUUACGCGGGAGAAUAUCGGAGUGAAAACUGGGGACGUGUUAACCCGAAUAGGCAGCGUCGCCGCUGACAAUAUGAGUCUGAAGGAAGCUAGAAAGCUGAUGGACCAGUGCAAAGACAGACUCUCGAUCGUAAUUACGCGGGAUUCGUACUGCCACGUGCAUCAGCAAGGUAAAGGGGAUAGCGGUGAAUACCUGUCGGGUGCGAGUUACAGUAGUCAGAACUUAUACGUUCCGCCACCCACGAGGCAGCCCUUGGAGGACAAGAGUAACCUCGUGCCGAGGGGUCGUUCGCGGGGUCCGCUGAUGGAUGUGUCUCUCAGCCAGCUGGAUCUACCAGCGACGCCCACUGUAGAUCCACCCAGACCACCUCCGCCGAGACCGGAAGAUUAUUAUAGUACGCGUAGACAAUUGUAUGAUGAAGAUUCGGUCUCGCCUCGGACGAAACAGCCCAUGCCGGAUCCCCGAUUUAUUACAUUCCAAAAGGAAGGAUCCGUAGGUGUGCGAUUAAGCGGCGGCAAUGAAACCGGGGUCUUCGUAACUGCAGUUCAAGCGGGAAGUCCUGCGUCGCUUCAGGGUCUUCAGCCAGGAGAUAAAAUUUUAAAGAUAAACGACAUGGAUAUGAAGGAGGUCACAAGGGAGGAAGCCGUACUGUUCCUUCUUAGCCUGCAAGAACAAAUCGAUCUUAUUGUACAACAUCGACGUCAGGAAUAUGACCAAAUUGUCGCGUCUGGCAGAGGCGAUUCUUUUCACAUAAAAACUCACUUUCACUACGAGCAACCACAAAAAGGUGAGAUGAGUUUUCGCAGCGGCGACGUCUUUCACGUGGUGGACACUCUUCAUAAUGGCGUCGUAGGAUCGUGGCAGGUUUUCCGAAUUGGACGAAAUAAUCAAGAGGUACAAAAGGGCAUUAUUCCCAAUAAGGCCCGGGCUGAGGAGCUUGCAACCGCGCAGUUCAACGCGACGAAGAAAGAGAUGAGUGCCAGCGAGAGCAGAGGUAGCUUCUUCAGGAGAAGAAGAAACAGUCAUAGACGCUCGAAAUCGUUGGGAAGGGACCACUGGGACGACGUGGUGUUCUCCGACAGCGUCAGCAAAUUUCCCGCUUAUGAACGUGUGAUCUUAAGACAUCCUGGAUUUGUUAGGCCUGUUGUUCUUUUCGGGCCCGUAGCUGACCUCGCUAGGGAAAAGCUUCUCAAGGAUUUCCCUGACAAGUUCACUUCCCCACAAAUGGAAAGUCAAAUGGAGGAUGGCACGGGAAAGAAUACCAAAACAUCUGGUAUUAUUCGUCUGAGCGCGAUUAGGGAAGUGAUGGACAGGGGCAAGCACGCAUUGCUCGACAUCACUCCCAACGCCGUGGAUCGCCUAAAUUACGCUCAAUUCUAUCCAAUCGUCAUUUUCCUGAAGGCCGAGACGAAGCAAAUCAUCAAAGAGAUGAGAGCUGGCAUACCAAAAUCAGCGCACAAAAGUAGUAAAAAGCUUUUGGAGCAGUGUCAAAAGCUCGACAAAAUCUGGGGACACGUAUUCAGCGCGGUGAUCACUCUCAAUGCACCGGAAGCCUGGUAUCGGAAAUUGAGAGAACUUAUCGACCGCCAGCAACAAGGCUCGCUAUGGAUGAGUCAAACCAAGCCGGAAGAAGCCCUCUCGGAUGACUUCCUAUUCCCGAUGACUUCUCGCCUCUCCUACGCUUCCUCUCCGGAGAGCGAUCUGGAGCUGAGCCCAGCGCCUGUUAUUCCCGGCACUUUGGGCCCACCAUCGCGACUAAAGAGCAGCUCCGAUCCGAGCAUCGCCACUCAGGACGAUACUUCUGCACCGCCUCCGUACUCGACGAAUUAUCAGCAAUCGUUUGAGCAGCAGAAGAGAAGAUCCCAAGGUGGAAUGGGGGACAGCAAGUACGGCUUUUCCUUGUCCGGUCAAAGGAGCAAUCAGUCUGGCUCACCAGAAUAUCUAGGGAGUUCCUUCGAGCCCAGAUCUCCCCAUCACAGUCCACCGGAUCUUCCGCCUCGAGUCGAUCGAAACGCAAAACCGAUUAAUCAAACGCCUCGGGGAACGAUAGGGCGAUCCGUCCAGGAACGUCUAGGAGUAAAUAAAACUGACUCAAUUCUAGAUAUGGGAAAUUACAUCAAUGCGACUCCUCACAAAGCAAACGCCACGUCAUCCCUCGAACGGGCGCAGCCAAAAGCGGGAAGUUACGACAGCAUGUCUUCGUAUGAUUCGUACAACAAUACCAACGGGAACUCCAACUACGGGGUGACGAAUUUGAACACAUCGACAGGUCGUUUGGGCCCGAAUGUACCUGAUGAUCUCAAGAGCAGUAACAUACCGGCAAGAGCGCAUGAUCCGUAUAGAUUCACUAGAUCCACAGCUCAGCCCAUUUCCACGCAUGAUGCUCUAACGCGAACCGAUUAUGCCAAAUAUAACCGCUCUACUGAUUAUAAGUCGAUACCAAUGUCUCAAAAUAAACCAAUGGGCACAUACAAGCCGAUUCCGCCUCCAAAACCGAAGAAUUAUAGACCACCGCAAGCGUCGCUUGGACAAACGGAGAACAACGGGAAUGAUGGGAGUAAUUCGUAUCAACACUCGAAGAGUUAUUCCAUUGCUACGUCGCAUGUACAUAAUGGGGUGGAAAACAACAGUAACGUGCAGCGCAACAGUGGUCAGUAUUACUACAACAUCCCGCCACCUGGCCGUCACAAUGAAGGCAAUAUCGUGAAUUCGCAUCACAAUCUAAGUCACCUCGCGCAGCCGACGCACAGCCACAGCCUCAGUCACACGCAUUCUCACUCCAGCCCGCCGGUGACCACCACGCAUUCCCACAGCAACAGCACCGGUCAGAUCAGUCUUGGACUGACGCAUAACCGGAACAGCACGAAUCACAAUGGGUAUAUACACGGUAACAGCCAUGCUCCCGCAGGUCCGCUCUAUCCCUCCGUUAAUCCCGGGCACAAUAGGGAACCCAGCGGUCUGGAUCUGGCCGGUAGCCGAGAGCAAAGAGGAAGCGCGUUUGAGCUCUAUCGAAAGCCGGUUCAUCAUUACAAUAUGAGGUGAGUAGAGGCGAAGAAUUCGCUCACAAGAAAGAAAAGCUCGGAGGAUGCACAACGGUGAGAACGUGAGAUCGAUCUUGUCCCUUACACACGGGCAUUAGUAUUUCUCAAAGCACAAAAUGGAUUUUGGAAUGUGGAAAAAAUUAUCCACUUAAUUGAAAAUAACAAUUAAUUAUGUAAUGUAAAUUGUUCCUUUUGUUUUUGCGAUAUCUCGAGUAUACGUCGAAUAAGAAAAUCUUUUUCUACAAUCCCGACGAACGUAGCUCAGUAGGAAUGUUAUUGUAUGUUGCAGUUAAUGUGCAUCCCGAUGCGAGACAUAUUAUAUUAGGAUGAAUUAAUGAAUCUAUCGAAGUACGCAGAAUGAAUCGUGCAAUGUCGUAGACGUAGUUAAAAAAAAAAAAAAAAUUACGUUAGUUGAGACAUG